AUGGACGCGCCCAUAAAGCGGCACGCCACCCCCCUGCGGCUGCCGUCUUCCGGCUCCAGCCGUGACCUGGCGGAGGCCGUGGCGGACAGCAUAGAGGCCGAGGAUGCGGAUAAGGAGGAGAAUGGGGGCAGGUCGGAGGGCAGCGAGGGGGGCGAGGCCUUCAGCCCCGCACGCGUGGCGCAGCAGUUUGGGCGGGUGGCGGCAGAGGGGCUUCACCUGGAGGAGGAGCGGCGGAAGCUAGGGCUGUCGCCCGAGGCGCAGGCGCAGCUGCCGCACCCCACGGUGAUGGAGGAGUGGGAGGCCAGGAUCAAGGACCUGGCCCUCAUCUCCAAACUGGCAGCGCAGCUGUACACUUACCUGGGAAUCGGCUGGCGCUGGUACGUCUCCUUCUGGCGCCUCGUCCUCUUCUCCACCCUGCUGCUGCCCGGCUUCCUCCAGAUGGUCGCCUUCUACUUCCUCAGCCCCCGCCUGCUGCGCUCGGUGCCCUACGGCCUGCAGCCCCGCAACCGGCUAGAUAUCUACCUCCCGCGCAAGGAGUGGCGGCAGCGGGGGCCGCGGCCCACCGUCAUCUUUGUCACAGGCGGCGCUUGGACGAUCGGAUACAAGGCCUGGGGCGCGCUGCUUGCGCGGCGGCUGAGCCAGCGGGGCGUGCUGGUCUUCUGCCUCGACUACAGAAACUUUCCUCAGGGCGACGCGCUGGACAUGCUUCAGGAUGUGAACACCGGCAUCGCCUGGGUGCUGCGCCACGCCCCCGCCUUUGGCGGCGACGGCGCCAGCUUCCACCUGGUGGGCCAGUCGGCGGGCGGCCAGCUGGCGGCGAUGGCGCUGCUGCUGCAGGUGGCGGCGCGGUCGCAGGCGGGAGGCGUGGUGGGCGCCUCGCCCGCCUGGGACCCCUCGCUCAUAAGCGGCUUUGUGGGUGUCAGCGGCACCUACAACCUGUACGCCCUGGCCGACCACCUGCACCGGAGGGGGCUGUACCGCAACCUGUUUGAGGCAAUACACUCGCUGGACGGCAAGCCCAAGCUGCGCGAGCUGAGCCCCACCUUCCAGAUCAGGAAGCUGGGCCCCGCGGUGGGCCGCCUGCUGCCGCCCGUGCUCAUCCUGCACGGUACCGCCGACAAGUCGGUGCCGAUGGAGGUGGCGGUGGAGUUUGUGGCGGCGCUCAAGGAGUCGGGUGUGACGGAUGCGCGGCUGAAGCUAUACAAGGACAAGACCCACACCAAGCCGAUUGUGGAGGACCCGAUGCGGGGCGGGCGGGAUGAGCUCAUGGAUGAUGUGCUGUCGAUGGUGCUGGGGCGGGAGUGUCACAACCGGCAGAUGGCCAUGCUGCCGGCGGUGCUGAUCGACCUGGCCAGCCUGUGCAAGACAACCACCACUGGCGCCACGUGCCUCAGCGCCAGCGGCGACCUCAACUGCGCCCGCUGCGACGGCAUCUGGUGUGCCCAGUGCAAGCCAGGCUUCUAUUUUGACUCCCAGUACCGCUGCCUGAAUGCCAACGGCAACUGCGCCAAAAUCUCCGACAACCCCGACUGCUCCGCCUGCAAUGCCGAUGGCUCGUGCAAGCGCUGCGCCAACGCCUCGCACAUCCUGGUGCCGCACGCCGCCCUCUACGUGGAUGCCACCUACCCUGACAGCGAGUGCAUGUCAGUGAAGGAGGUGCACAGUAAUGCCUUGGAGCUUGUCCGCUCGCCCGCCCACCUGCCGGCGGGCUGCCGCGAGGUGGAUGCAGAUUUCCUCUGCUCCUCCUGUAAGUCGGGGUUUGGGCCUGCGCCGAUCCCCGACUCCUCGAUCAUCAGCUGCGUGCCGGUGGUGAAGGGCAAGUUCCCCAGCGGCUGCGUGACUGGCCUGCCCUUCCAGCGGUACUGCGUCAAGUGCGCAAGGGAUGGCAGGACGUGCUUGCGAUGUGCGGGCAGCCGCUCAGUGGAUGCAGCAGGGCGCUGCAGCUUGGACUGCAUGAGCUUCUUCGGCAUUGCCUGUACUGCUUGCACCGCCAAGCAAUGCACGCGGAUCCGUGCCUACUCCAUGAUUCGGCGGUAG